CUGUGCUGGUGGUUGGAGGACGUUCGUGGUCACUGGAUGGCAUGGAGUAGGGGCACGUUUCUCGUACGAUUGUACCAUUGCGUGCCCCCCAUGCACAGGAAAUUUGUUAAAUAACAUUUUUUAUCAUAGGGAAGGGUUGCGAUGGGUUAUCGCGAGGCGGUAUUCAUGGGGAAGGAACAGCUGUUAACUGUGAUGCUGCUGAUGGUGCACAUCCAGUGUUCAAACUCGGGUGCAGUGCAGUUCACGUCUGAAAACUUUGACAAAACAAUAGCCUCCACCGAGCUGGUGUUUGUGAACUUCUACGCCGACUGGUGUCGCUUCAGCAACAUGCUGGCGCCUGUGUGGGACAGCGCCGCCGACCUCGCCGCCUCCCGGUUCGACGGCGGCAGGGUCGUCAUGGGCAAGGUCGACUGCGACCAGCAGGACGGGAUCGCGUCCCGGUUUCACAUCAGCAAGUACCCGACGCUGAAGCUGCUGCGUAACGGCCACCCGGCCAAGUCAGAGUACCGCGGCCAGCGCAGCGCCGAGGCGCUCGUGCGCUUCCUCGAGGACGAGCUGCGCGACCCGGUGCGGGUCAUCAACGCCACCAGCGACCUGCGAGAGGAGAAGAAGGGUCAAGUGAUCGGCUACUUCGAGAGCCGGGCGUCCACCAACUACCAGUCGUUCCAGCGCAUGGCCACGGCGCUGAAGGACGAGUGCCACAUGAUCGCCGGCUUUGGGGAGGCGUUUCGCCACCUGCUGCCCUCCGGCCGGGACACGGUGGUGGUGCGCAAGGCCGGCUCCUCCGAGGAGGUGUCGCUGCCCAACCUGGACAUCAUGAACACGCAGAAGCUCACCGACUGGGCGCAGAGGGCCUGCGUGCCGCUGUGCCGCCGCCAGGUGCGGGAGAUCACGUUCGGAAAUGCCGAGGAGCUGACCGAGGAGCGGCUGCCGUUCAUGAUCCUCUUCCACCACCCGGACGACAAGGAGACGCCGCAGCAGUUUGUCCGCGUGGUGGAGCAGCAGCUGUUCUCGGAGAAAAAUGGCAUCAACUUCCUCACGGCGGAUGGCCUGCAGUUUGCGCACCCGCUGCACCAUUUGGGGAAGACGAAGGAGGACCUGCCGCUGAUCGCCAUCGAUAGCUUUCGCCACAUGUACGUCUUCCCCGACAUCAAGGAGAUGGAGUCGCCGGGUCGGCUGAAGCAGUUCAUCGACGAUCUGCACUCCGGCAAGCUGCACCGGGAGUUCCACUACGGCCCCCAGCCAGUGCCGGCGGCGGCGGCGGGCACGCAGCCGACCACUCGGCCGCCCACGUCGCCGCCGGAGUCCGUCUUCAAGAAGCUCGGGCCGUCCGAGAGUCGCUACAGUCUGCUCAAGGAUGAACUGUGACCGGGGCGGGCCGAUUGCAGACGAAGGGCCAGCAGAGAUCGUCGCCAAGUCGUCGCCGGGGCGAGGGGGUCAUGCGAGUACGGCCGGCAGCGGCUCCCGCUAGGUCAUCAGGAAACCAAGAGGCUUAUGUUUGUGUUGCGGCCGGCGGCGGUGACGUGUUGCGGCCGGCAGUGAUCAUCGCUAAGUCAUCACCGAGUUGCGGGACUUCUACUUGUGUUACCUCCGAGAGCUUGUUAUUCGCCGCAAAUCAGCGUGCCGCCGGGGCCCUUGUGCGGAGUGAGGAGAAUGAGGAGAGCCGCUCCACUCCGGCCCGCCGUCGCCUUAGCAAUGAAGUCGGCAUACCGGUGCCGACGGUUUGUUUUCGGGUGCUCCGAGUGGGGACGGCCGGUGCAGGAGCGAUCGAUGGGGAGCCCGGUCCGGUCCGCGGUGUUGAUUUUGUGGUGAGUGAUCUUGUCUGCCUGCACUGUGACGCGUGCCGCCCGGUCGGCCAUACGCCGGAAGUGCGCUGACAGCUGGACCGCGCCCCCCGAAGAGGCUGGCUCGGCGGGGAAAUCGGAUGGUAGAAGGCCAGUGUUACGAGCUAGUGAACGGUAACGGACGGCGCGAGACUUAUCAGGCGCCGCGUGAUAUCAGAGGGCAUCAGUUUCCUGCACCUGCUGUGUUCCGUGUCUCUGCGAUAUUUGUGCACGAUUGCGGGCGAAAUUGUGUGAUUUUGCAUAGCCAUUGUGUUCGUUUCCAUUACAUCGAGCGCGCGUCUCAACCCACCGAGCUAUGAGUGAAAAUAAACAAUCAAAACGUAGGCA